AUUCGAGUUUAAUGUUCGUAUUCACGGCAUUAGUCUUUCAGGAAUAUCGUUCGCGAACUGCACCAUAUUUCUCACUUUAUCUAAUAAUAUUACAAUGGUCCUCGAUACAGAGCUCAACGAAACCCAAAUGGAGUUCGUGACCAAACAAAAAUACUAUCGGACGGAUGAACAGCUAGACGAGGACGUCACGAUGCUCUUGGAAUGGAUGUCCAAACAGCCCCACUUGCCCGAAAUCAAAGGUAAGUCAGAAAAGAAGAGCACAACGAUUCUUGGUAAUGGCUAUUCUUCAUUCUUGGCUAUUAGAAUGGAUGUGGUCGUAGCGAUGAUUACUGUUUUUAAAGUUUGAAGUUUAAACCGGAAGAGGAGGAUAGAGCCAUGGAUUUUUCGAGACUAAUAAAAAAUAGCGUAUACUCUUUUAAUGCAAUGUUUUUCAACCUUUUUUAACUUAACGCCCUUUUUAAAUUUUCAAAAUCUCACACCGCCUCCCCCAAUAAAUUAAAAAAAAAAAAUUACCAUUAAGUUUUUACAAUCGGCCAUAUAAUUAAAGUGAAAAAUAAAUAUUUUCUUCACAUUUUGUUCAAAAAAUGUUUACUAUGAUUAUGUAUAAGCACAACUAACAUACACGUACACUAAAUUAUAACUUUAUGUAAUAAAUGCAAGUAGGUAUAGGUACAAUUAUUCAAAAUAUCCAUAUGAAAAUGUGGCUAAACGAAGUUUAUCGGCAUCGACUCACUAAGAUAAAAGCUUGUUUAUAACCAUUUCGCUGUUAAUGUAGUGUGUUUAAAAUAUUUGAUUAUUAAAUUAUUUUUUAUUGUAUGCAGAUAUACAUUCCAUUGCAAUAAGUUAUGAAUUUGCCAUUCAUGUUUUAAUAAUAAUAUAAUUGUUUUUAAUGAUUGCGAGCUCAUGAUCACGAAGUGCCUAUGAUAAAUAAAAAUUAUUUUCCGACAAAAUACUUUCCGACUAGAUCUUUUUCCGACAUAAUACGGUUCUGACAAAGUAUGUUUCCAACAAAAUACGGUUCCUAUAAAAUAUUUUUUCGAAAAAGUACGGGUCCGAUAAAAUAUUUUCCAAUAUUUUACGUGCUCCCAAAAAUAUUAUUUAACUUGAUUAAAAAAAUAAUUUUUGUAAAUUGUGGUCCAGGUAUAUUUUGUGCAUAUGCCUGAAUAUUUUUUAUUUACAAGUAAAUUACAUCUAAAGAUUGACAAUAUAAUGACAUUAAUAUUGGUAUGGUUAAAAAUGUUGUUUUUGCCAGUUUUUGUUUAAAAUUAAAAUUGUAUUAUCAACAAUUAGUAAUAUUAAACAUCAGGUAAAUAUUUGUAUGGUUGCAAAUUAAAAAAUUUAAAAGUAAAAAUAUGUAUCAAAAAAUGUAUGAAAUAUUAAAAAUGUAUAUCUAGUUCAGAAACUGGUAAAAAUUUGUAAGAUAAUGUAUUUUUUUUUUAAUUUAAUAAAAAUGAACUUUAUGAAAAGCGAAAGAAAUUUAAUGUUAAAAGUAGUUGAUAGAUUCAAAGUUUGUUUUCAAACAUUGUUAAAAUAUUAGUGUAAUUAUAUUGGUAGUUCUUUAGGCUGUUGGUCGAAUUUUAAAAGGACAUUUCAUUAGCGGUAAUUAUGCAAAUUAUCAUAAUAUUAUUAUUAUUUAUUUAUUUAUUUAUUUAUUUAUUAAUACGGACAAAAGUCCAAUUCACAAUAUAUUUGUAUAGAUAACAAUAAAAUAUAACUUAUAUAAAUUAUAAAUUUAUACAAUUUAAAAUAAUAAAAUAUAACUAUAUAUAUUAUAGUUUUUUAUUUUCGUUACUAGACAUUAUAUAGGUCCCAUUGUGUUUAUACGCAUUUGUUUAGUUUUAUUUUUUUUCUGAUUAAUACAAAUAUCAUAUUUUUAUAUUUACUUUUCUACUUUUAUAAUCGUAUUUUACGCUACGUUAUACCUUAUAGGUACGUAUGAAUGAUAUAAUAUAAUCAUAUGAAUGUAUUUGUGUUUAUUUUUUUUACACACUUUCGCAACAAUUGAUGUGAAUAAUACACUGAUACCUAGAAUUUAAUCACUUGGAAUCUUAUUCAUUAACAUUUCAUUGUUUUUAAUGUAAAUUUAUGAUGUCUGAAAUUUUUAUUUACACCUAUUUUCUCAUACAAUUUUAAUAAGCAAACAUGUUUGCAUCGAAUAAGCAUUAUUUUAUAAAGGUUUUUGGUUCGAUUGUGAUGAUGUAUAAUUAAGUCCAAGGACGUAUAAACGAGCCAAAUCGGAUUCCAGGACUUAUUAAAUAUUCAGUAUGAGAGAUAUGAAAGCAAUAAUAACCAUAAUUCAUGAAUAGAUCGUCAAAACAUUUACUUUUAUACCUAACCUGACAAUGACAAUUAAAAAAUUUGACCUGAAAAAACCAAUAAAUUGUUUUCAAUAAAUCAAGCUUUUUUCAUGUAACUUGGUUACAUAAUUUCAGUUUAAAAUUACUGAGUAAACAGUUUUUUCUUUAUUAGCCACUCGUUUUCAGAUACAAAACUUAUCCUAUAACUUUAUGAUAAUAAUAAGGAAUUGAUCAAAAAAAACUUCAUCAAAAGUUAAAAUAGCUCUCAAGAUUUUUACAACACACAGACGUUAGAAUACGGGCCCGGGGGUUAGAAGUUGAAACUUUCUAAAGGCAUUUAUUCGAUAACAAUGCGAUAUAAAUAUAUAUGCUUUAAAAAAUGCUAAGUGCUCAUUCAUACUAAGCCACCAGAGCAGCGUCACCAUAGGCGCGCCAUCAAUAAAGCAUCGCCAUUAUUCAUGCUUCCAAAAGCGCUUUUGUGUUUCGACGUAGGUUAUUACACACCAUAGGUAAACCUAAAUUUAAAAUUUAGUUCAGUUCCUAAAUGGAAGUCAAAAAUUUAGCAUGUGUAGGAUAUCUAAACAGUCGUGUUGUAUCAAAAACAAAACCAAAUAGAAAAUUUUAAGUACGUCCACUACUGUCUGAAUUUUCGCUGCAAACGGAGUUUCAUAUUGUCUGUCGUCCGAUUUUCAAUUUUUAUAAUUAAUUUUUUUGAAUUAAAGUGGCUAUCCAUGUUAAUGAAUAUUGACAAAGUAAUCAAAAAGUCAACACGCCCUACGUGCAAUGAUUCGAAUGAAAUGAAUGUGAGUUUUUACAUUAUAACCAAAUAAAUUUAAAUGGUAGCUCUUCUAUUUUGGUCGAGUGUCCAACAUGUCAGGUCUCUUAAACUUCUAUGAAUGGCGUGGCCGACUUGGUGGCGCUGCUGUGGUGGCUUCGUGCGAAUGAACUCUAUCCGUAAUGAGUCUGAACGGGUAUUUAAACAUCGCAUGCGGGAGGAUUAAAAUAUAAAGGUUUCAAAUUAACUUUGGAAAGUUCUCAAAAAGAAUACUGAAUAGCAAAUGAUGUCAAUGCAAAAGAAAUGAAGAAGAAGUUGACAUAAUAUCGUCUUGUGUACCCGACAAACGUCCUGAAAUUACCGAAUAUCAAUGAUACUGUUUCUAUAUUCUCAUGUUUUUUUUUCCACAGAUAGAAAAUGGUUAUCGCAUUUUAUCAUUGGAUGCAAGUACAAUUUGCACAGAGCCAAACAAACCAUCGACGCGUAUUUCGUUACCCGGGCAACACAUCCAGAAUUUAUUUGUUCGUUCGAUCGUGAACGCAGUUUAUACUAUAUGAAAGUAGGGUAAGUUAUUUUAUUUUUUUUAAGGUACAAUAAAAAUGUGAUCCUAAUAUCGGCAUGAUUAAUUUCGUUUUACUUUUCAAAGAAUAUUAAAAUAGUUGCUUUUAUUUAAGCGAAAAUAAUGUAGUUUAGUUCCAUGCUCGAUUUUUUUUUUUAAAUUGUGUGUUUAAAGCAUUAAAUUUAAAUGUGUUAAGCAAAUAGUUGAUAUUUUAGAUUCGGAGAGUAGUGAAAAAUGUACUAGUUUUACAAUGAUGUUUAUUUUUUUUUCUGUGAGCAACUUUUCAACGAAAAAUCUUGUUUCAAUGUAUCAAGUAUAGCAGUUUUUCUGAAAAUCAUUUUUAUUUAAUUGGUACUUUAAAAAGGUUAUUUUUUGAUUGCCCAAAUGGUUUUCAUAAUAAUUGGGGAAAAACGUAGGAAAAAUGAGAAAAUCUACAAAAAUAAUGCUUUUAUAAUUUUAAAUUUGGUAAUUUUGUUAUAAUUCGGUUAAAAAUAUUCAUACAUAUUUGAAAUUUAGACUAAAAUUGUAUAAUUUGUUUUUUUAUAAACGUUGUCAAAUUUUCAAAACAUUUGUGCAAUUUUUGAGCUAUUUAUAGACAUUAUAAUCUUGGGAGUUUUUUACGACGUAGUUUUAAUUUGGUAGGUACACUAUGAAUAAAAUAGUUACACAAAACAUAAUUGCAUCAAAAUUUAACAGGGGGUUAGUUAUAAUUCGUACAUAGAGGUCCGAAAAAAUUGAGUUUAUUAUAGUAUUUUCUUUUUUUCAUAAGAUUUAAAAAAAUUAAUUUUUGUACGAUGUGUAACCGAACUUCGCUUCAAAUCGUUUUUCUUUAUCAAUGAUUUAUCGUUGGUUACAGGUAUAAAUUAAAAAAAUGUAUGUAUCCUACCUUCCCCACUAUCCAACUACAACAGGGGUUACACCCGUCAAAAGUAUCAGCUCUUUAUAUUUUCAUCUUCUUUUAUUACUUAAUGAUUCUGAGCGGAGCUCCGUUAAUAUUAUAGCUUUUUCAACAAUAUAGAUAUCAUAUAAGAGAUAUAAACAGCAAAAUAAAUAUUAUAUUGAAACAAUUUGUAUGGACCAGUAAGGCAGUAACUAGAUUUGUCCCACAUAAUUUUUUACUAAAACAAUUUUCGUCGAAAUUUGAUAUUGAAAUUGGUAUAAAAAAAAUUGACAACAUUAAAUUAAUUUUUUUUUUGUUUUGACCGCUAAGUGCAACUUAUAAUUAACCUCCUGUUCAGUUUUCAAGCAUUUCUGUUUUGUCUAACAAUUUUAAUCAUAAAGUUUUAUCCAUUGAAAUAUCUAUAAAUAGGUAGCUUAAACCAUAUUCAAAUAAUUAUGGCUCAAGUGUUUUUACAGAUUUACUACGUAAAAAUAUGCAAAUAUAAGUUUUCUACCCAAUUUUCCAGUCUACGAAUAUUUUUAAUUGAAUUACAAUAAAUAACUCAAUUGAAAAUAAUAAAAAUCAUUAUUUUCGUAAAAUUCCCGUUUUUAUUAUGUUUUUCCUGGGUUUUCCUAAAUAUUAUGAAAACCGUUUGUAAAAUAAAAAAAUGACCUUCAAAAUUACUAUUUAGACAAUAAUUCCUUUCGGCUUUCAGAAAUGGUGCCACACAUACAUAUCAGGGCAAGAUUUUUAGUAGAAAUUUUUGUCACAGUAUAAAAAAAAAAAAAAAACCAAUAUAUUUUUCAUUACACUCAUAAUAUAUUAAUUAUAUCUAUCAUAUCUAUUUCUGGAUCAAUGACUAUGCCAAAUUCCAAUGUAAGUCCAUUUUUCUUUGAGGGAGGGCGAUGCGGGAGAUCACCCCCGCAUCCGAGACGUUCCUGUAUUCGUAUUAAUUAAUCUAAUCUAACCUUAAAAUCUGACCUUAAAAUAUGUGUUUAAUUGUACGUUAUGAACGUCGUACGUUUAUGAGACUGAGCGGAGACCGUAUAUGAUACUCUUAAAACAGUUAAAACACACAUUUUUAGAAAAAUCGAAUAUAGGAGCCAAACAGCAUUUAUGCCAAUUAAAUUGUCAUAACUUAAGCAUAUUGUACUUGCAGAAAAGUUUGUUUAUUACCAAAACUAACGCCGGAGGCUUACCGUGUGUUAUUUAACAAAUCAUAUCUGAUGGUGGAAGAAAUUGAAUUGGACUUUUUAUUUUACUUCCAAACAAUACUGGCCAAUGUAGACAUACAAAUGAGGGAGGAGCCUAUGCGAGGGAAUAUUAUUUUAUUAGACCUAGAAUACUUUCCCAUAAGUCAAUUCGUGAACUUAUCGCCUACUUUACUAAAAAAUGCUAUGGAUUUGUGUGUGGUGAGUAUGUUAAUAAUAAUUACGGACUUAUGAUUUAUUGGUAUUGCCAUCUUGUGUCAUUAGAUGGAUAGUGAGAAAGAACUUGUAUUAUAGGCAACACCAGCGGUUGGACAAAACAGACUGGACAUUUAUCCAGGGCCUCGAACUUCAUGAAAGGCAUCGUGCCAAAAAUCUUCAAACAAAAUAUGUUUAAGUUUUAGUCACAUGCCAUAUUUUUAGCCACAGACUAUACAUCGCCCACAGCAUAUAAUUAAUAAUAAUUCGAUUUUACUCCCAUAUUACGUAAUCAAGACUAUACAUUUAAAAUCGUGUAUUAUUAUUUUACAUUUUUAUUUUAAAUACGCGUAGGUAUUCUAUUAUAGAGAGCUAUAAGAAAUAACUUCUAAUAUUAAUCAUCGAAGUAUUAUAAAUGACUUCGCUUCAAAAAAUCAAAAAAAAAAAAGUAUGUAAUUAUUUUAUCAUAAUGUCAUAUAUAUAUAUAUAUAUAUAGUUCACAAAGUAACACUAUUAAUCUAACUCCGCUUAGAAUCGUUUUUCAUUAAUAAUGGUUAAUCGUUGCGUACAGAUAUACAUUAAAUUUUCUCUCUACCUUACCAACCUCUCACCUAAAACAGUGAUCUAUUCACGUGUGAAGUAUGUCUUUAUUUUAUAAUUAUAAGACCAUAAAAUAAACUAUUUUGUCUUCAGUAGCGCACGCACCAUAAUUUUGGGGUAAAGUUUCUGACAUCUUAAUCCCAGCCUGUAUGUGUCGCUGUAUAUUUUUUAAUCAUAGGAUUGAUGACAUUGAUUUUAAAUACGAUAAAGUGGAGACUAACAUGUAUAGUAUCUAUACUAAAUUUUCAGUAUGAUUUUGAAGACUAAUCGAUUUUUUGAGUCAUUUGUGUACUGUUAACCUACAUUCUAAACACUAAUCUAAAUUAUGCAAAAUAUGGUUUACCAUUGCGGAAUAUUAUAGAAAAUUAUAGAAGCUAUUCUAUGAUAGAAAAGCGUAGAGAGGACUAUAAGAAGUUACAAAUCCUACAACCUUAGGGUUGAAUACUAAAAGAAAUAAACUAUAGUUAGGAAGUUAUUUUCAACGAUGUUUCAUGGCUCGAAGGUUAUCAAUCGUAGUGUAGUAUGAAAUUAUACUUAAAUCAUAAUAAAACCAAUUUUGAAAAAUUGUUUAUUUUAUUAUUUAAAAUAAUUUUCGUUUUAAGAUAAGAUAAUGGAAAAUAUAAUAUCCGAACAUUUUGUUAAAACUAACUUAUUCGGUACUAAUUAUUUCAGAAAGAUUGAUGUUAAAUAUUUUAUUUUUUUGCAGAAUUCGUUUCCGGUAAGCGUGAAGGGAAUCCACUUUAUAAACUCACCACCGUCUAUAGGCAAUUUAGUAACUUUUAUUAAAAUGUUUUUACCAAAAAAAAUUAAAAAAAGAGUAAGUCGAAUUUGUAUUUAUACAUAACUACCACAAUUUGCUUGCAAUGGCUCUUAUAAAAAUUAUGUUCCACUGGGAGUGCUACUUUUCAGAAUAUAAAUGUUACAUUUUAUAAGAUUGAUAAGGACCUUAUUGACCGUAGACCACUGUCAGUUUCGUAAAGUACCUAUUCAAAUAAAUGUAUUUGGAUAUUGUUCUAGAUACUUUUGAUAAAAACAUUUGAUCAUCUAUUCUGAAUCCGUUGUUUGUAUUUUUAUUUUUAUAUUUGGAUACUUUUUUCGUAAAAAAACUCUCCGAACACAGUUAUCGUUUAGUUGUAUUUAUUAUUUUGAUCGAUUACUAAAGGACUGAACUAUUACAACAAUCUCGUGGACUGCAGCCUGCAGAGCACUGGUAAAGAGUGAUUUCUCGUUGCUUGCCAUCAUAUGCAUACUAGACAAUGUAUUUGGUAUAUGUAUUCGGUAUUUGAUAAUAUUAGCAAAAUUACAGUAUCAUUUGCAGCGUAUGGAAACAUUUUUAUUUUUGAAAUAUUCGAAUAUAUAUUUUGAAUAUUCUUAACCAAAUUAUUAUUAAAAGUUAUAUUCCGAAUUCAUAAUUUUCUUGAAAAGACUGACUAUUGUACAAUACGAUAAAUUCUGUGGUUUAACCAUUCUAUAAGUCUGUAAAAUUGUAGUUGAAAUAUUCCCUGUAGUAAUUAUCAAUUUUAUUUACAAAAUGGAAAAAUUAUAUUUUUUACCAAUAUCUACUUGUGAUUUUAAUGAUAUUAAUGUCGUGUAUUUUUUAUUUGUUACUUUUUGUAUAGAUAUAUAUACACAACUCGCUGGAAACCCUUUACCAAUUCAUUCCGAAAGACGUCCUUCCGGACCAAUACGGUGGCACCGUCGGAGAUUACGAAGAAAUAACGAGUGAGUGAAAUUAUAAAUGAGAUUACGAACAAAUCGUGGGCCAGUAAUCAUUAAUCACUUGUUUUAAAUUAGAAUAUUAUCUAAUAUGCUAUUUACUAAGUUAUUUCAACAAAUGUUAUAAUGAAGUUUUUCUAGGUAUUUUUUUUUUUUUUUUUAUAUAACGGUUUAGACAGAUGGUUUGAAUUUGGUAUGGCUAACAACGAAUGGUUAGGAAACAGACCGAAAGCCGAUUUGUCUAAAUGGGUUGGCCAACCGAAAAUCGGAGAACUUGGCGUAGAAGGUACAUUCAAAAAACUGGAGAUUGAUUAAAGCGAUGAUAUAUAUUAAUGCUCAUAGUAUUAUAGUACGAUAUAAGUUUAAAAAUAGCGUAAUCAUUUUAAUGGUAAUGUUUUUUUUUUUUUACCUUUGUAAUUUUAAAUGUAUAAGUCUAUCCAAUGGGUCACAGGGUGGGGAAAUAUGAGAGAUUGAUCCUCUCAUGGCUUUUUUUUUUUUUUUAGUAAUAUGGAGUUUCUUGUUUAACUGAUAUUUAGAGAUAAUAAUCAAAAAAUAAGUUUUUAGUUUAUAGAAAAUAUCUAAUAAUUUUAUUGAUAAUAAUUUUUUUUAUCUUUGUAAUUUUAAAUUUAUUGGUCUACACUAUGACGUCACGAAUUAAAAUAUGUGAAUAAAAUGAUAAGAAAAACUGCACAUGUUAAUUAUGAUAAUAUUUUAAAAUAGUAAUACUAGAUUAAAACUAGAUUGAGGGUGCAGAAAAUAGAAAUCCGGUGUGAAAAAAAGUGAGAUCGUAUUCGUCACUUCCGACCAAGUGUGCUGCAGAACUUUUACGAUCUACAACAAAUGGAUGUGACAGUAUAGACGUAUAUAGGCAUGGCGACAUUUAGAUGUGGUCAAUUAGACUUAAAUACAUUUGGUCUCAAAAAAAAAGAAUUGAUACUGCUGAUGGAUGUGCGACUGUUGUCGCGGUGGGUAGUUGGGAAGGUCGGAUGCAUAAAGUUAUUUGAUUUAUAUCUGUCAGCAACGAUAAACCAUUGCUUAUGAAAAACGAUUCGACACAAUAUUAAUUUAUUAAUAUUUUCAUACUGUAUUAUACAAAUUAAUAAAUAAAUAAAUAUUGUAAUAACUCGUAUAGGUAUCAGGUACCUUAAUAAUUAUAAAAUAAUUUACAGUGAACAACUUAAAUACUGUAUGAUAAAUUUAUACUGUCACAGUAUGUCAGGAUGUGUAAUAAACAUACUUAUUUGGUUUUAUUUUAAACUAGUAUUUUACAUUUCUAGUUACAUAUUGUUAUUAUUAAACGGCACCGCCUCCUUAGUUAUUAAUAACUUUAUUGUAAUAAAUUAUAAUAAGCGAUAACGUGCUGCGGGCAUGAGUACAAUAAUAUCACAAACAAUUUUAAUCCAUUAAUAGUGUAUAAUUUAUAACAGUAAAUAUUAUGCUAUAAUAAUUUUUUAACUUCCUUGGUUUGAAUUGCUAUUUAAUAGCAUCCUAUUUAGAGGGGCAUAAGACUAUGAUAUUUUGCUUUUAAGUACGUACAAGUAUUAGUACAGCGGGGCGUGUAAUGUGGAAUUUUAUCUAAUAGCUCGGGACAAAUUCAAAAAAAAAAAAAAGAAGACGUCCUAGAAUAUUGGAGACGGGUGCAGCCACUGUUAUACUACAACAAUGUAGUCCAGGGCUUGAAAUCGAUUUCAAAACCGAUUUAGAAUAUCGUUAAAUACUAUAUAAUAUAUCGAAAUUUAUAUUAAAAUCAGUAAAAACUAAUAACGAUAAAUGAUAUUUAAAUUGAAAUCGAAAUAAAAAUUUUCGAUUUUAAUUCUUGAUAUAAACCAUUACGAAAAAACGAUUCUGAGUGGAGUACAGUUGAUAGUGAUGCUUUGUCAACAAUAUAUAUG